GGCCCCGCAGCGCUCGGCGCGGCCAUGCUCGGCCUGGACGUGUGCGAGGCGGGCGGGCAGCUGCUCGAGCUGCUCUGGCUCGCGCUCUGCUACCGAGACAUCAUGGCGGACAAGGAGGGGGUGACGCUGUCGCUGGAGGAGGAGGAUGCCGACGUGGCCCUGGCGUACAGGACGCCGCAGAAGAAGAGCCUGCAGGAGAUCCAGCAGCUGGACCCGGACGACGAGAGCCUGCGGAAGUACAAGCAGGCGCUGCUGGGGGCCAUCCCCAUGGCUGUGGAUGCCCGGGUGCCCAAUGUGCAGGUGAUGCGGCUGACCCUGCUGUGCGAGCAGGCGCCGGGGCCCAUGAUCAUGGACCUCACAGGUGACCUGGAGGCGCUGCGGAGCCGCUCCUUCGUGCUCAAGGAGGGGGUGGACUACAGGGUGAAGGUGUCCUUCAAGGUCAACAGGGAGAUCGUCUGCGGCCUGAAGUGCCUGCACCUCACGUCCCGCCGGGGCCGGCCGGUGGACCGCGACGCCUUCAUGGUGGGCAGCUACGCGCCGCGYGCCGAGGAGUACGAGGUGGUGACGCCGGGCGAGGAGGUGCCGCGGGGCCGCCUGGCGCGGGGCGCCUACCGCGUCCGCUCGCUGGUCACYGACGACGACAAGACGGAGCAUCUGCGCUGGGAGUGGGGCCUGCGCAUCGAGCGGGACUGGGAGGGCUGAGGCCCGCCCGGCGCCCGCCGCGCGCCCCGCGCCGC